UAGCGUUAAACCCAAAACCCUCGUCUUCACAAACUUCUACCCGUCUAUGUCUCGCUUCAGACCUCUUCACUCUCAAAUCCUACUCUUCAAUUCACAAUCCACUAUUUCCCUUCAAUUUCACCUUCUUCCUUCUACUUCUCGAUCUUUCUCGCUGAAAAUCGGGGAGGGGAUUGAACCAGAAAUUGUCCCCGCUAAGACGAAUACACCGCCGGCGUUUCUGUCUAGGGAAGCCGCGAAUUCGAACGGAAGUGUAAAAUCUCUAGAAGGAAAAGGUGGGAAUGAAGAGACUGUGCUGAAAGGAAAAGUGGGUUCGGAAGGAAACAAGAAAUUAGCGAGGGAGGAUGCUUUGCUCCGCAAAGAGCUCUCUCCGGAUAUGGAGAUGUUUGCGAGACAUUUGUACAGGGAAGGAUAUUUUAACUAUGCUAAUUUCUUGCCCGUUAACAAAUUUGUUCUUAGUUACUUUGAGUGUCGUCGUGGACGGAAUUUUAUCAAGUCUACAGCUCAGCGGUUUGGCAGAGACAAUCAAGAAAUUGCAAAAUGGUUGUCUGGCAGUGACUUAAGAAAGGUUGCCCUCUUUGGAUGCCCAUCUACUGCAAGAAAAGAUGUUUUUGCGGCUAAAAGAUUGCGAAAAUUCUUUAGAAUCCAAGAAGACACAGUCUGUCACAAAUGCAUCUUGAGACGAUCAUGCAAGUAUGUGAAUCAAGGUGUUUGGAAUGAGGACACCAAGAAUUUGAAUUUAGGGGUUGUUUUGCAAGUUAUUACUCAAUACGCCUUGGAAGCUAUACCAGAACAACUUAUAAUACCUGAAGAUAUAAAGGCUUCCGUAAGCCGAUUGCUGAAAGAGAUAUUGAAUCUAAGUCAGACUGUGUCGAGGAACUAGUUUUCAUUGCAACAAUACAAGUUCUCCUUCAGCAGAAGCAAAAAUCCUUCAGUCCUCAGGAAAAUCUGUGUUGCUCUCCCUUGUGCUGUUGAAUCGAUUCAUCCAACUUUGCAAGGGGAGUUUGUGAGCAGUGAAGUUAAGUUAAUGCUGUUUUUUGAUUGGUAAUUAACAUGAUUUUGAGUGCCUCAUCUUGUUGACAUGGAUAACAACUGGUUAUAGAACCUGACAAUUCAGGUUCAAUUAUUAUAUGCCUAAAGAAGUAUCUAGUGGUUAUUAAGAAUUAUACAAACUUUUCACAUUCA